ACUUGUUUUGCACUUCCUGUCGAUACAGUGCGCCUGCCGUCGGUUCGGAGCUCCGGGACUCUUAAUCCACCGAAUUUUGCCUGUUUAACCCUCUUGAUCACUACCUGGUGUAAUUUUAGAGCAGCUGAUUGAUUGAAAAUAAUAUUCUAGCGGACAGGUCAGACGACCAAUACCAUGCGAUGGAGUGAUAUCAUGCGAUAGUAUGGAGGAUUUGGAUAUUAAAGAUAAAAGACUGCGUUUGCAGAGACAUGCACCAAGCACUUCUCCAAUUCCGGAAGACGUGAGAUUAUCUCUGAACAUGGAUACAGGUGAGAGUGGGAUGGCGGACCUGGACGGAGGCAAGACUAUGGAUGGAGGCAAGACUAUGAAGUUAGAACCUCUGAAGGUUGAGACAGACCAGGAUUUAGUCCAGGAACCAGGCAAGAUUGAGGGCUAUCUACUCAAGAGACGUAAGAGACCACUCAAGGGUUGGCAUAGGAGAUAUUUUGUGUUGGAGAAGGCCAUGCUAACCUAUGGCAAGAGCCCUAAUGAGUUGCAGAAAGGCAAGAUACAUGGUACAGUAGACACAGCAUUAGCUGUGAUAGCCACUGAGAGAGAAGAACACAAGAACUCAAGAAGAAUUGAUAUCGAUACAGAAGAUUUUGUUUAUCAUCUCAAGGCAAGUUCCUUUGAUGAGUUCUGUGAUUGGAGGAAGCAUCUUCAGCACCAUCAACUAUACAAGAAACAGCAGAGCUUACACUCCCCCACCCUUGCCAAACCCCUGAGCCCUGAAGCCCCGCCCACCUCCACACCUACCAGUGAACUCACACUCAAAGCAAUAACACUAGAGAGACGCAGACAGAGUCUACGUAAACAGUACUCCAAGGCCAGACUUGGUACUUCCAUGAUGGGCUCUUCCUUCGGGUUUAAGAAUGAGAGCCUGGAUCUUGAUAAAUGCUAUAAAGAGCUUAGUGAUGCUGAAGUGAGUAUAGUGAGUCUGUCUAAUAUCCUGCAAGAGCUCUUGAAUAUAGAACUACCUUCCUAUGCAGACGGCAACUUUGAGGUCGAUGAUCCAGUAUCAGGACACAAGAAAUCAAAAGCUCGUAAAUCACUCAAGAAGAUGAGGAGAAAAACGCCUAGUGACCCACAAGUACAUGAUAUCAAAUCGAGGCCAAACAGUCAUCCAUCAUCAGUGAUACCAGGUACAGGGUUAGUGGUGGAUGAGGAUACAGUCAGCAUCAGGUCAUAUACCUCAAGCAUCUCAAAUACAAGAGAGGUAGAUCAGAAGAACAGGGAUGACUUCUUAGAAACAGCCAAUCAAGUUCAUAGAAACUUGAAGAGCGCCCUCCAUUGGCUGACUGUUCAAUCAGAUAAAUGCAAGCAGGUAGCAGACACCCAGCUGCAGUCCCACAUGCUAGGAUCUACGCUUGGAUCUGCGUUAGGACAGUCAAGACAGAUCGCUAUCAUGCAAGACACAAUGCACAAGCUCAAAGUGCAGAAUGAAGAAAUGCGCGACCGUCUUUCCAGAAUAUGUGAAGAGGCUUCCAUGACGUUCACACCUAUAGCAUCUAAACCUGACCUUGAUAUGACACUACCUCUACAGGUCAGAGACAUGGGGCACUCACCCCUCACACCACAGCUAUCAGAUGAUAGAUUAUCACGUUCAGAAUCUAUUGUAGAAUUCUUUGAUGCUCAGGAGUACCUUGCCUCUAGCGCUUCUUCAUCAUCAGAGGAGGAGGAGGUUGAGAGUUCAGUGACAAGUGAAGAAGACGAUGGAGCAGACUAUGAGGAGGAUGACAUCAGAGCUCUGGAGAAUGGACGAGAAGAGGCACCAUCCCGGUCACAUACAGGCCGUAGAACACACCUUCCAUCACCUCAACCUGAUACCAGUCAGCUCAGUCUAUGGAACAUACUCAAGAAGAAUAUUGGUAAAGAUCUAUCCAAGAUCUCCAUGCCUGUUGCACUCAAUGAACCUCUCAGUAUGCUGCAGGUACUGUGUGAAGAGCUAGAGUACAGUGAACUCUUGGACAAGGCAUCUGAGGUCGAUAACCCCUUCAUGAGGAUGGUGUACAUUGCAGCCUUUGCUGUGUCUAGUUACAGCUCAACGUUUACCAGGGCAGGGACCAAGCCCUUUAACCCACUACUAGGAGAGACUUAUGAGUGUGUGAGGGAUGACAAGGGAUUUAAGUUUAUUGCAGAGAAGGUGUCUCACCAUCCUCCCAUCGUAGCCUGCCAUUGUGACAGCAAGAACUUCAUCUACUCUCAGGACGUGAGGAUAAAGACCAAAUUCUGGGGGAAAUCCAUGGAAGUCAUCCCCAUAGGAACCAUUCACAUACACAUACCAAAGUACAAUGAUCACUUCAUUCUGAGUAAAGUGACAAGCUGUGUUCAUAACAUACUGAGUGGAGAGAGAUGGGUUGAUCAUUAUGGAGAGACUGUCAUUAAGAACGGAGAUAUAUCAUGCAAACUCACAUUCACUAAGGCAAGUUUCUGGAGCAGUAGAUUACAUGAAGUAACAGGAGUCAUCUUGAAUCAAGAAGGCCGAGUGAUUCAUGAACUGUUUGGGAAGUGGAAUGAAGGUCUCUACUGCGGUAGAUCAGCAUCAGCUAAAUGUGUCUGGAGAGCAGCUUCCAUGCCUUCAGAUCAUCAGAUAUACUAUGGGUUCUCAAGGUUUGCCAUAGAACUCAAUGAACUAGACCAUGAAAGCCAAGACUCUCUACCUCCUACAGACUCAAGAUUCAGACCUGAUCAGAGAUUAUUAGAAGAAGGUGAUUUGAAGGGAGCUGAGCUUGAGAAACAAAGACUAGAAGCAAUGCAAAGAGAAAGAAGAAAACUCAGGGAAGAACAAGGAAUUGAAUAUCAACCUAGAUUCUUCAGGUUAAGUCAUGAAGGAAAGAAGGAGAAGAAGGAGAGAUGGGUGUGUAAGAACGACUACUGGGAUCUCAAGAAAGAUACUGGAUUUGCCACCUUGAAGUUUACUCAACUCUGGUAAGGAACAUUCCAUUGUGAGACGGGGAACCACGACAGGAAGGAUCAAGCCAUUCUACCACAGGGGUGUUCAAGAUCAUGUUAAGAAUAGCAGACUCAUUCUAUUCUGAGGCAGGGAAUCACCGCUGGAAGGAUUGCACCAUUCUGAUAUAGGGGUGUUCAAGUUCACCCUAGUAGGGUGGACUUAUUUUGUGCUAAGAUAGGUAAUCAACAUUGGAAGGUAGUUACUCUUAUGUAGGGGUGUCCACGUUCACCCGAAAGAUGGCGGGCUCAUUCCUUUCUAAGACAUGUAACUGAAUGGAAUGAUCGCACCAUUCUGAUACAGGGGUGUCCAAGAUCACACUAAGUACGGUAGGCUCAUUCUAUUCACAGCUGGAAGGAUCGCACUAUUCUGAUGUAGGGGUGUCCAGGUUCACCUGUGGGUAGGAUCACUCCAGUGGUAGACAGACAGAGACUCCAGGAUACACAUUGGAAAUCAACUACGUAUGAAAUCUCCUUCCUAAAUGUAUUUAGUUUUUAUUAACUCUAGCAGGGUCUGGGUGUGUGUAUUUUGCUUGUCAUUUAAAGUACCUUUUUGGUGUAGUUGAUCAUAGUAUUAUAUGAAUAAAGGACAGUGUAAAUCAAUACCACAAUUUGUAAGGUGCAACAGCCUAGGGUAUUGCCUAUUGGGAUGAGUGAGUAGAAAACAUCAACAUAUCGUCGCCCGGCUGGCAGAAGGGUGUUAGCACGCAAGCGACUCGAAAACUACUUUUCAAAUUAUUCAAAUUUAAAUAAUUGUUUUUUAUUUAAACUGUUUUCCGUCCCGAAAACUGGUUUAAAACUUAAAAGACUAAUAAAUGUUAUAAUAGAACACGGCCACAAUUUUUUUCUCAGAAAUAA